UUUCGACUCGAUAUUUUCUUACAUUUACGAGUGUAAAACAUUUUUAUAUGGAAAUGGCAAACAUUGAUGAGAAUGAUGUCUUGGAUGCAGAGGCUCUGAACGACUUGUACCAUUGGAUUGACGCAGUUCCAUUGUCUCGACCAAAAAAGAACAUUGCUCGAGACUUUUCUGACGGAGUUUCUGUUGCUGAAAUAAUUCACCACUACCUACCUCGUUCCGUUGAUUUGCAUAACUAUGUGGUUGUCAGCUCCACAGGACAAAAGAGAAUCAAUUGGAACACUCUCAAUCGUAAAGUUUUCACAAAAAUGGGUAUAAAGUUAAGUGAUUUAACCCUAACUCAACUUGUUGAAGCCAAGCCUGGAGCGAUUGAACAGGUUUUGUGGGACCUUCGUCGCAAAAUUCGAGAAAAUUCUACCGCAAGCAAAACUACGAUCGAUACUAAACAUGAAUUACCUAACACAAAAAGUACUACGGGGGGACAUGCAAAAAUGACAAGUGCCCCAUCAUCGCACAUGGUGAAGACCAUUGUUGCCCCAAAGGGAUCGUCUUUAACUAUGCGGAGCUCCCAUGUUCAGAUAACGAGUCGGAAGUCUGCCCUGUGCACCAAUUCUUUGUCUAGUUCGACUCCGCAACCACGACCUGCUGCUAACAUGAACAUGGGCAAGGCCUGUGGUCACACCAACAACAACAAGGCAGCCAAAUCACCUUCAAGUACCAAACCUUUGCCAGCCUCUACUGAAAGGGAGACGGCCCUUGAAAAACCAACAACAGCGGAAGACAAUGUAUUGUCGUCUACAGUUUCACAAAAAAUGAGUUUCGGUGAUUUGGGCGAGGUUCCAUCCCAAAUUGUGUUCAGAGGUCACAAAAUGGUCGCUGUUGAAAUGUUGGAGAACAAAGACAAAGAGAUCAAAGAUUUGGAAAAUUCUAAAAAACAAUUGAGCAUCAAGAUUGACCGGCUCCAGAAAUUGGUCCACAUCAAGGACACUCGAAUUGAAGACCUGAGCCAUCAGCUUUCGAAUUUGAGGACCAUGUAUGAAAGUGUCACAGGCAACGCUACCUCAUCGUCUGUGGAACGAGAAAAAACUGAGGACGUCAACAACAAUGAAGCUUAAACUAAACUAAAAUUACUUUCUCUUCUCCAAAUGUAAAGACUACUGUAGUACAGUAACUGUACUAACCCCAUCCAAAUGACCAUAGUAAGGUUUUGUUCGUAAUUAGUCAAAUUGUGGUCAAAACGCUGAAUGAUUUUUGUAUCAAUAAAUAUAUGUAUAAUAAGCAUCU